AUGGACCCAAAAUUAGCCGGUAAGCCCAUUACGGCCCCGUAUUUAACCGGCCGGACAGACCUCGACCAUAUGCUGGAAACACCAAACCGCCGGGCCCACCACCGCCGGGCCCAGUCGGAGACCUUCUUCCGCUUCCCUGACGUCGACGACUUACUGUUGGAGGACAUGAUCACCGAUUUCAAUCUCGAUCUUCCUGACACAGAUAGUCCCAUGGUGACAGUUGAUUCAAGCAAGUCAGUAGACUCAGCCAACGGCCCUGAUAAGCCCAGCAAGCCAGUGGGGCCCGUCGCCCAUUGUCGGAGUCUCUCACUUGAUGCUGACUUUUUUGAGAGUCUAGGGCUUACUUACUCUGGCACCGCCGUGGAUGGCGGAGAUGGCGAGAAGAAUCCGGCGGCGGAAAGGAGAACAGUGGGUGGUGAUCAUCACAGGCAUAGCAAUUCGAUGGAUGGGUCUGUAAUGGCGUCGUUCGAGAUUGAUAGUGCUAAGAAGGCUAUGGGAGCUGAGAGACUUGCUGAGCUUGCUUUGAUUGAUCCCAAGAGAGCUAAAAGAGUUCUUGCAAAUAGACAAUCUGCAGCACGUUCUAAGGAACGGAAAAUCCGAUACACCGGUGAGCUGGAGAGGAAAGUGCAGACUCUUCAGACAGAAGCAACCACCCUAUCUGCCCAGGUCACAAUAUUGCAGAGAGACAGUACUGGAUUGACUGCUGAGAACAAGGAGCUCAAACUGCGGUUAGAAGCGAUGGAACAACAAGCACAUCUUCGAGAUGCUCUGAAUGAAACACUGAGAGAAGAAGUACAGCGGCUUAAGAUAGCAGCCGGGCAAAUGACAGCUAUCAAUGGAAACAACUUUAACAGAGCACUGCCUCCUCAGUUUUCCUCCCACCAACAGGCCUUCCAUCAUUUUGGUAACCCACACACGCAGCAAUCCCAACAGCAACAGCAGCUUCACGUGCCUCGUUCAAACUCUGACAACCAGACUCUUUCUGGAGAGCCCCCACCUUGCUUCGCGGGCUUCAAUCACAGGGCUUGAUAACGUUCCAGGGACUGCAUUGCAAAUAAUUUAUUAGUGAUGGGAAUCAGAAGGUAAACCAUUCAAGGUGGCAUGCUGUAUAUAUAUAGGUAUGUAUAUUUGUUGCUCGUAAAGGUUGUGAAGAGUGGUGCUCAGAUCAGUCCUUUGUGUGAUGUAUACUAGCUAUAUUACUCUUAGGGUAAAAAUGAUGCCUGUCGAGCACUUUGAUCUUAGUGAACUCAUGGAUCAAUAGUAAUGGCUAUUGUAACUUAUUCUCAACUUUUAGCUGGUGCUUGAUACAUGUAAUUAUUUCAUGUUUCAUUAGAAUGACGUUUGUGCAUACAGAUGGAUCAUUACAUUAUAUCAUCUGUGUCAUUAUAUGGUAAAUUUCAAGUUUAUUG